AAAUAAAUCAUCAAACAUCACGUUACUGUCAAACAACAAAAUCGGCUGCUAAUGAGUCUCUCACACACAGAGCUCACUUUAGGGCACUAUAUCAACAUAGUUCUUGUUUCAGCGUUUUGAUUGUGUGGCAAUUUUUGUAGACCUUGGCCAAACAAAUAAACACCGUGGGCUUCAUUUCUGGUAUAAAUACAACGGGCAACAUUUUAAACAAUAUCAAAACGUUGAAUUCAUCGAAAGUGUCAUACAGUACUUGUGUAAAAUUGACAACUGUCACAUUCACCGAACGACUCAAGACAUUUCGUUUUUUUGUUUUUUGCCAAAAUUUCCGAGAAAAAUUAUUUCGUUAGAAUUUCAAGUGGCAUCGAGUGAUUUUUUUUCUGUUUUAUUCAUUUUGAAUUGUGACUACAAUGAUUAACAAGAAAUUAGUUUGCGCAUUGAUUGUGAGUGCAUUUUUGAAGUCAUUACACGCGGCUACUAAAAGACAAUCCCUUCCAAAUUUGCAUGAUUCAAAUGUGCAACAUGCUGGAAAUCCAAGUUUACCGACAUUCUCAUUGACCGAAUCACAAAUGGCGAAUUUACCACCAAUUGAACCCGAAGUUUAUCAAGAUUCACUUCUUCCAACGCCAUUGAUACCAUAUAAACGUGGAUACGCCACUGAAGUACACCGUGUCGUUACUCCAGAUGGUUAUAUUUUAGAAGUGCAUCGAAUUGUGUCUUCACCAUUUAGAGCAUAUUCAAAGGAAAAGCCAGUCGUUUUUCUACAGCAUGGAUUUCUUGAUAGUUCAGCAACUUGGGUUAUGUCUGGACAAAAUCAUGGCUUAGGCUACGCAUUGUCGGAUGCUGGAUAUGACGUAUGGAUGGGCAAUGCCCGUGGAAAUGUUUAUAGCCGAAAACAUGCCUUAUAUGAUCCAGAUGGUAGUCGUGAAGAUCGAGAACACUUUUGGCGAUUCAGUUGGCAUGAAAUAGGCACCAUUGAUCUACCAUCUAUGAUUGACUAUGUUUUGAAUACAACCAGACAACAAAAUUUGUUUUACAUUGGCCAUUCACAAGGCACUACAAGCUUUUUCGUUAUGCUCUCCGAACGGCCGGAAUACAAUGCAAAAAUUAAAAUGAUGCAUGCUUUGGCACCCGUUGCAUAUAUGGACAAUGCAGUCAGUCCAAUAUUGAAAUUUGCUGAACUACUACCAGCCGCUUUGCGAGGUCUCACUGAAAUGUUUGGUGCAUUUGAGCUGCUGCCAUCGAUAGACAUGUUCAAAUUGCUCGGUCAGCAAUUAUGCCGGGAAAAGUCACCAAUAUUUGCAAUCUGUGAAAGUGUACUCUUUUUAAUCACCGGCUUCAACGAGAGAAAUUUAAAUGCAACAUUGUUCCCAGUUUUUUUGUCUCAUACCCCGGCUGGUGCUGCUACUUUUCAAGCGGUUCAUUUUGUUCAAGAGGCGCGUUCAGGAAGAUUUUGUCAAUUUGAUUGGGGAAGUGAAGAAGAGAACAUGGGUCGUUAUGGAUUACCAGCACCUCCGGAUUAUAAUUUGAGAAACGUUCUCACUCGUGUCGUCUUGCAUUAUUCCGAUAAUGAUUGGCUGAGUUCGCCGUUGGACGUGCAAAGACUUUAUGCAAAACUUCCGAAUGCCCAAAUGAAUCACAUUCCUGAUGAAAAAUUUGAACAUAUGGAUUUUGUAUGGGGCAUCGGUGCCAGAGAAGUUUUGUACGAACCGAUUAUUGCGUCAAUGAAACUGUACGAUCGUUUAGUCGGUUAAUUUUUCUUGCGAGUAGAUGAUUUUUUUAUUCUACAACGUUUUCAUAUAUUGUAGUAGUAACAGGGUCUAGUCAGAAAAAAACCAUUACUUAUUGAUUAAUUUUUACAUCGAAUUAGUUCACAUUUGAACUUUAAACAGGCAAACCAAAUAUAAAUUUUAAUUUAAACAUUUGUUUCGUUGAUCAGUAUUUU